UUAUGAUGCUAAGAUUGUAUACUUAGAGAGUUUGUGAAGUCAUUUGGUUGACUCUUACUUGUCUUUCUUUGAGAAAGCCUGGAGGGUAGAAACUAGAAACUAGAAACUAGAAACUAGAAACUAGAAACUAGAGACUAGAGACUAGAGACUAGAGAGAGGGUUGGAGUUUGGAAGCAAUGGCGGGAGGGUUUGUUGGAGGAGCUACUGGGAAGAGAGUGGAGCAUUAUGAAGGGAGGAUUACUGGGUAUUUCAUACUGGCUUGCUUGAUUGGUUCUCUUGGAGGUUCUCUCUUUGGGUAUGACCUUGGUGUUUCAGGGGGUGUGACCUCCAUGGAUGAUUUCCUGUUGCAUUUCUUUCCGAGUGUAUACCGGAGAAAGCAAGAACACCUUGGCGAGACGGAUUACUGCAAAUACGACAAUCAGCUGCUCACCCUCUUCACAUCUUCACUCUAUUUUGCCGGCCUCCUUUCCACCUUUGCAGCCUCACCGGUGACCCGGAAGUAUGGAAGGAGAAUGAGUAUCAUGGUCGGCGCGGUCAGCUUCUUUCUUGGAGGUGCUGUCAAUGCUGCAUCUAUAAACAUAGCUAUGUUGAUUGUCGGCAGAAUCCUCCUCGGCUUCGGCAUUGGAUUUGGUAAUCAGGCGGUUCCGCUUUAUCUUUCAGAGAUUGCUCCGGCCAAGAUCAGAGGUGCAGUUAACCAGCUAUUCCAACUAACCACUUGUCUUGGAAUCUUGGUUGCCGACAUUAUCAACUACUUCACUGAGAAGCUCCACCCAUGGGGAUGGAGACUAUCUCUAGGCUUGGCCAUGCUUCCUGCCGGUCUAAUGUUUAUAGGAGCUCUCUUUCUCCCUGAAACCCCGAACAGCCUCGUUGAACAAGGCAAACUCGAUGAGGCUAGAAGAGUGCUAGAAAGAGUAAGGGGCACUGACAAGAUCGAAGAUGAGUUUAAAGACUUAGUGGAGGCGAGUGAGGCAGCGCAAGCAGUGAAACACCCGUUCAGAAACCUUCUCAAGCGAAAAAACCGGCCUCAGCUUGUGAUUGGAGCUCUUGGCAUUCCUGCUUUUCAGCAGCUCACUGGCAUGAACUCCAUUCUCUUCUACUCGCCCGUCAUCUUUCAGAGCUUGGGCUUUGGCUCGGGUGCGUCCCUAUAUUCAUCCAUUAUAACUAGCUCAAUGCUUGUUGUUGGUGCUCUUGUUUCCAUGUCACUAGUGGAUAGACUGGGAAGGAGGUUUUUCUUUAUUGAGGCCGGUAUUCAGAUGAUCAUCUCCAUGUUGAUUGUGGCAAUUACUUUGGCAAAAGAAUUCGGUCACGGAAAGGAGCUCCCCAAGAAUAUUGCAGGUCUCCUAGUGUUCGCAAUUUGUACAUUUGUGGUGGCCUACGGCUGGUCGUGGGGGCCUCUUGGUUGGUUAGUUCCCAGUGAGCUCUUCCCCCUGGAAACUCGAUCGGCAGGUCAGAGCAUCGUUGUUUGCAAUAACCUCUUCUUCACUGCAGCAGUUGCUCAGUUCUUUGUUGCCGCACUUUGUGGCCUCAAAUAUGGUGUAUUUCUUCUUUUCGCUGGUUUGAUCGUGAUCAUGUCGACAUUCAUCAUCUUCUUACUCCCGGAGACAAAGCAGGUACCGAUCGAGGAGAUAUAUCAGCUAUGGGAGGAGCAUUGGUUUUGGAAGAAGAUUGUGGGCAGGUCCAGGUCUAACGAAGUUGGCAAAGGUUCAACUAGUAUUUAAAGCUUUUUGCCUGCACAUGGUAAACAAAAGAAAGAAGCCAGGGAGAAAGUUCAUCAAUGGCAUGACAUUCAUAUUUAUGUGUAUCUGUCAUUUGUAAUAUUGAGAACACAUACCAUCAUGAAUUAUUCUAAAUGUUAAUGGAGAUAUCAGUCCUUGUUCUCCAGAAUGGUUGUACCAUUUUUCAGUAAACAAUGGUUGCAAUUCUGCUU